AUGGCUAAAAUUAUUUAUCCGGAUUUUAUGGCCGUACCUAAUCAAAUACAAGUUCAGAGGCAAAAUCUGCUUGCCAUAUGCAGACUUGCAGUAAAUUCACUGACAGACAGAAAUGAUGUCUUUCCUGUUGAUGAAAAUUCCCCUGAACUACAAAACUUUUUAACCAUCAUCGAGCAUAUACUAAGCCAUAGAAUUAAACCGAAUAUAAGCUGGUAUGGUGGUACGGAUGAGAGAUUUUACUGGGAUUUCAUACAAGUUGCAUGCAAAGAUGUUCCUAACAACUGCUUGUCGUCUGUUCAGUGCAUCGCCGGGGGACGUGCAUGGCUGCGGAUGUGUCUGAUGGAAAAGAGACUUUCUGACUACAUGAUGACUGCUCUGCACUCGACGAAUGUUUUAGAGUCAUUUUACGAGGAAGGUUCUAUAAUGCUAUGUGAUGAAUCAUCCAUGCUACCUGACAUACUUCUAGGGCUCUCUGCCAUUGACUUCAAGUCGAGACCCAUCAAAGCAAAUACCGAAAAUGACGCUAGCGAUGACGACAACGAUGACUACUACGACGACGUAGGUGAUGAUAACGAUGACGUGAACUGCCUGAAGAUAAGGUGCUCAAAGCUUACAAAACACCUCAAGAUGAUUAUCGAACAAAAGCGCUACCUGGAAGACCUGCUGAGGGUGAGGGACAUACAGAUAGCUCAUCUGACAGAUGAUAAGAAGAGAAUGAAUGAGAUGAUGGAGAGUAAUAGGAGAGAUGACGAUAAAGAGAGGGGCCAGUUGGAGAACGUUAUAUUCGAGUUGCAGUCACAGAUAUUCCACUUGAGAGAACAAAACAAAGGCCUGACACAGAACGCUCAAAAGUUGCAGCUGCAGUUCCAGCAGCUGCAGCAGAAGCAGCGCAACAGCCUGCCCACCAUGCUAAUGUCAAGGCUGCUCAGUCGGGAAUCCCAGCUCGAAAGUGAGUACGAAACUAAUCAAAACGAAACUGAAACUGAAGCUGAUUCUAUCCUACUAUUGGCCAACGACAACAACACAGUUACAACGGAUUUAGACAGCCCCCAAUCAACGACAACGACGACAACUUUAAUCGAACCAAAGACACCAAAUUUUGAGUCUACGUUAUUUGCUAAUGUUGACGUCACGAAGAAGAAAGGCGCUGCAGAUGGCAACAAUGCUGGCAGCGAUGUUGAAAAUAAUUUCGUAAAAAAUCAACCAAGCAGAGUAGAUACACAGUAUGCAAAUAUAUAUUUGAUCAUCUGGCCACAUACACAACCUACCAAUUCGAACACAAAAAAUAGUAUAGAAAUACUGGGAAAAGCUUUUUUGCUCUACCAUGCUUAA